GCGCUCUUCUGAUCAAACACUGUUUCCAAGAGACCCUUCUCGCUAGUUCUGGAGGAAGUGAUUAACGCUUACUGACGGGACAGAUGCCAGAAACAGAAAUAGUAAUCAUGAAAAUGAGAAGCAGACUCUAGAGUGACGUUAGUCUGAGUAUCGGCCCUCUGAGAUCGGAUCCGUGUGUUUAUUCGCGUCUGACGGGGGACAGUUGUGAUCGGACGGGCGAGAACAACGAGAGGAAGAUCAUGUAUAACAACAACAACAGUAGCAGCAGCACACCGUCAUCGUCCUCCACCUCAUCCGAGGCUGGAGACAUGAGAAGUGCAGUGUUCAGCCCGGGUGAACCGCUCAGACAGCCGCGCACAUCUCCUCCGAUGUCGGACGGCGGCGCAGAGAUCAGAUCCCUCAUUCCUUCAGGAGGACACAAUAGCAGCAGUACUGCAGAUGCACUUGUGAAAAACUCCAAACUGUCCGCUGCCGCACCUGAGUUUGUCCCGGGCAAUUAUGCAUCGUUCCACGAUGAAGUGUAUUCGGAUGUAUCUGAAGAUUACUACCCCGAGACCUCACUGGCUGAUUUCGUUCAGGAUUUCGUAAGCCAUCUGAACUCGUCUCCGGGGUCCUUCGAGUCAGAAAUCGAUUACAUCACGGACAUGCUGAACAGCUUGGUCACUACAGAGGAGAUUCUGCAGGAGCUGGUAGAGCUCAUCUACGUUCAGUCCACGUCUAUCCCUAACUUCGCCUACACGGGUGCGCGGCUCUGUAACCAUCUGUCUCAUCACAUCCGUCUCAGUCCGGCUAGCCGUAACUUCAGACAGCUGCUGCUGCAGAGGUGUCAAACUGAGUAUGAGCAGAGGGAGCAGACUGUGAGAGGAGACCCAGAGACCCAGAAGAGGUUUCACUAUUAUGUGCUAUUUCUGGGGGAGCUUUACCUUAACCUGGAGGUAAAAAGUAGAAAGGACACCCCCGGGCGAGCCAAUGUCUUACUGGGAGCGCUAAAGGAUCUUUUGAACACAUUAUUCUCUCACCCAGAUGACCCCAACCUAAUGUGUGCUGUCAAAUUACUCAAGCUGAGCGGUUCCAUUCUGGAUGACACAUGGAAGGAGAAAGGCCAGUCAGACAUGGAUGAGAUAAUCAAGAAGAUUGAAGACAUUUUGCUGGAUGCCAAAUGCAGCCGAGAUGUCAGGCAGAUGCUGUUGAAACUGGUGGAAUUACGGUCCAGUAACUGGGGUCGAGUUCACACAGCGAGUGUGUCCAGUGACGCUACACCUGACAAUGACCCCAACUACUUUAUGAAUGAACCAACCUUCUACACAGCGGAUGGGACGCCUUUUACAGCAGCAGAUCCUGAAUACUCAGACAAAUACCAGGAGAUUCUAGACAGAGAAGACUACUUCCCUGAUGCAUAUGAGGAGAAUGGAAAUGAUUCUUUCUGCGCUGAUGAAGACGAAAUGGAUCCGGAGAUCGAGGAGGCAUUUGAGAGGUUUUGCAUGGAGUCGGACGCAAGAGGAAAGAAAUAAGCGACUGCGAGAUGGUCAUGUGGUCUCACACCCAACCCGCUGGAAUAUUUCAGAGUGGGUGGAAUCAAGAACGUUUCGGUUGAUUUUCGUUUUAUUUCUCAACAAGCACUUCUUGGCUGCAGUGUCACUGGAUUUAAUGGCUGGGUGUAAUGCAGCAUCAUUGGCACAAGUCCGUCAGGCCAUCAGUUUGCCAUUGGUUUGGCAUCUGGGUUGUGAGGUUUAUUUUAUGCGUGUUCAGAUUUGUCAUCCCUCAAAAAAAACUAAGUUUGCAGUGAGAUUUUAUUAAGAGCCGAAGAGUAGCAUCAUCAAGUGUACGUGUGGCUUGUUUGCAAACUAACAACUAAAUGUAGAAUGAGAAACUGAGUUUUGUCUUUUACUCCUCAUCAAGGCUUUGCCAUGUAGAGUUGAAGAGCGCGGGAAAAAAAGACAAAAAACAUUUUAAGAAAAUACAAUUCUACUGUUCUUCCUUUCUCAGACUCCCCUCACACCUUUUUAGAGUUUUAUUUUCAACUUAUAUGCACAUGUUUGAUGAAAAAAAGGAACCUUGACUUUCUAGUCUUUGGUUUUUCAAAUGCAGGAAUAAAGUUUCUUCACGUGUUGUGUCAAAUCAGAGGAAACGCUCAGAGAAGGUUCGAUUCAUCCUCCACUGUGAUUUACAGAACUUUCCUCAUCACCAACAUCUCAUGGAGCCCACAUAAAGGAAUGUUUAUUUUACUAUAGUUGUAAAUAUUAUUUACUGCAUUGUUUGCCUGCAAUAAAUCUUUAUAAAAACAC